AAAGAAAAACGCCAUUCUUCUGUAUUUUGAAAGGCCUUUAAAAUAAGCGGAAAAUAUUUUUCAUGUCAUACACACUUUAACUUCAGUGUAAUGGCGGUGCGUGACAUAAAGUUGUGAUCUCGUUCAUCAAAAGAAUAUGUAUUUAUCUCGGGAUUCUUAUGUUUGCUAUAUCGGUGUACCAUGAAGGUACACCGUGACCAAUAUAGCGGCUCCAUACUGGGCUCUGUAAAUUUGUGCGAAAUAUUCCGACAAAUAUCUGAAGAGUGUCUUCUUUAUUUAUCUUCCAUAAAGCCGCAAUGUUUUGACUUCAUCCAGUGAAUGGUUUUUGAUUUAUUAUUAUUUUUUUAAUUCCGUGACAUUGAAAACGGUCUAUGCAAGGAAAGAAACGGAGUCUCACUGAGCAGUUUUCCUUAUUUUCUCCCUUGAGUUCUUGUUCCUUGAAACCUUUCUUCCGCCAUGCAUGCUAUUGUUUAUUUAACUCUCUUUUGACAGGCUAAGUUUGACCUGUCGUUGCUUUCCUGUUUACAGUGUCCAGUAAAUUGUGACACGAUACAUUACACGGGUCGCAGAUAGAAAUAACUUGAAAGACGAAAUCGUGACAAAUCGUUAAUGUACGUACUUAAAUGUUUUUCUCAAGCUUUACCAGCCUUUACAAAUACUGCCAUUGAAAUCAAGUUCACUUAGCUUUAAAUCUUUGACAUAUUCGGUUAAAAGUUAACACAUUUGCGGCUGCAUACGCAUGGUUUCUGGCCAAAAAUGCGCUAAAUUAAUAUUGUUCGCGUAUACCUGGGCCAGAACUACUCUGAAGGAAGGUCAGUUUAGGUCAAUUGUGUUGGAUGAGGAAGACCUUGUAGCUGUAGUAUGUGGCUGUUAAAGCAAGCUCACAUUUCUGAAGUAAUUAAUAAUAGCGACCACUUGCACACUAUUAAUUUCAAGGGCUGUUAACUGAUAACUGUGGAUUCUGGCAGUUAAAAUUUUCAAAAAUUAGAUGACUCGCUUAAAAUUGCUCGUUCUUAGCAGGACGGUCUCAGAAACAGCUGUACCGAAACGUGAUCAGAAAAAAUCUGUGGGUAGGAGGGUUAAUUUAGGUCCAUUGUGAUGGUUGACUGAAGAAGACCUUGUUUAUGUAGUACAGGUAUCAAAAUAAUUCGACAGUUUCCGCGAAAAACUGGCGAAAAAGUUGUCUUUUUCCUAUUUGAUAUUGAAAUUCCGGCUACUUGUGAUGGAUAUUGCGGUGAAAUACUUAUUAUAACCGGGUGCACAUAUAUAGUGGCGUCGGAGAGAAGCUAAACCCAAGGCAAGAAAAGUUUCCGGCAACUUGCUGUUUUCGCUAAAAAGAAAGAAAGUAUGAAAGGGAUUCCUGAAAAAGAUAUCUCGAAAAACACGAUCGCAGGUCGUUGUUUUAUCUUGUUUAUAAGCUGAAACUUCCGUAAAUAAUCAAGCACAAAGCACCGAGAUCUGAAUCCUGUAACUGAGCCGAAGUCUUUGAUGUAAGUACUUGAGGCAACAAACGCUAUAAAAGAGUGAAACUCUAAUUCAUAGUAAAUCUCUCAAGAUGCACUAUCGAUGAAGAAGCAUGCACCUUGUAGAUUGACGCUGAAAGCGUUAUCUGUGAAGACAUGCGGGUAAUACGGAAAGAAACGGCUUUUCACUGAGCAAUUUUCCUUAUUUUCUCCCUUGUCUUGUUCCUUGUGAACUUUCUUCCGCUAUGAACACUUUUGUUUAUUUCACUCUCUUUUGACAAGCCAAGUUUGACCUGUCGUUGCUGCCUUGUUUACAGUGUCCAGUAAAUUGUGACACGAUUCAUUACAGUUUGCAGAUAAAAAUGACUUGAAUGACGAAAUCGUGGCAAAGUCUACACGUGCAUGACAUUUUUUUUGAAACUAGACCAGUCUUUGUAAAUACGACUGAACCCGUGCCAUUGAAAUCAAGUUUAAAUUUAAGACAAUUUACGAUGCUUAAGGAUGGUUUCUGACCGAAAAUUCGCCAAACUUUUCCCGGUACCAGUUGUACGUUCAAAAAGGGGGAAGUAUACUGGUGCCAGAAAUACUCUGAAGGAAGGUCAAGUCAGUAGUGUUGGUUGAGGAAGAUCUUGUAGCUGUAGUAUGUGGCUACCAAAUCAAAGUCACAUUCUUUGAAUAAAGUUGAGUGCGACUGUUUCACACUGAUUUCAAGGGCUGCAUAACUGUGGAUUCUGGCAGUUUAAACUUUCAGCAAUUAAAUGACUCGCCAAAAAUUGCUCGUUGUAAGUUGUACGGUCAAAUACCGAAACGUGGUCAGAAAUACUUAUUAUAACCGGAUGCGUAUUAAUAGUGGCGUCGGAGGGAAGCUAACCCUAAGGCAAGCAAAGUUUCCGGCAACGUGCUGUUUUCGCUAAAAAGAAAAGAAGUAUGAAAGGGAUUCCUGAAUCGGAUAUCUCGAAAAACACGAUCGCAGGUCGUUGUCUGACCUUGUUGAUGCUAAUACAUCCGUAAAUAAUGAAUCCCGUAAUGAGGAAGCGUUUGAUGUUAGCACGUGAGGCAAAGCCCAUAAAAUGGUAUAAAAAGAGUGCAACUAAAAUCUGAAAGGCAGUUAGUAGCUGAAGACUGUGAGCGAAGAGAUAGAAAACACUGAAGAAGAAGAAAACCAAGACUUCUUUACAGCCAUGUCAAACAAAUUAUUCGAAACCAAGGUACAAGUGGCGGUGCUAUUUCUGGUGAUACUUGUCUUGUCAAGUUCAUCCACUACAGCUAAUCGUAUUUGUAAGUGUGCGCAGCAAAGUAAGGAUUCUUCCUCUAAAAAGGUCGUGGAUUUCACUGUUCACAUCAGCGAGGCAGGGAAGAAAUACAACGAGACGAUCGAGGUGGACCCAAACAAGCGAACAGAAUUGUUUGAAGUUCCCGCUCAUCCUGGAGUGGAUCGCAGUGAUGUCUUACACGAUUUCAAACAAAAUCUGACCAUGAUGCGUUUCCCGGAUAGCAAUGUUUGCUAUCUUCUCCCUCUUCUAAACGAGGAAUCUGCACCUGCGAAACUCAUAAGAGAUCUUGAGAAGGCCAGUGAGAUGGUUAUUACAGAGACCAGGCGGGUUGAUACCACGUGGAUUAUUGGCAGUGAGGUGACUGAUCGUUCUGUACUCAGCGAUGAGUUAGCGCAAUUUUGUGCAAAGUAUCAAAUAUAUCACGUGAAAAAGGCUCCGGACUCGCUGGCUGCGACAAGAAUCAAAACAGAAGAAAAUACAAACCGAAAGCGGAGACAGUCAAAUGGUAUCAAUACAUUAAGCUCUGGUGGCAUGACCCUCAGUACAGCUUACCAGUAUUGUUCCAAUCCUAAACUCAAGUGUAGGGUGACCGGCCGGACCUGCUACAAGUACGUAAUUUGCGAUGUUGGUGGUCCUAACCAUCCACCGCCACCAUAUCUCCGGCCACAGCUGAAUGUCGUUGUAAACAGCGCGGGCAAUCUUUGUCGGCAAGAGCACAUUUGGAGAGCAAUCGUACGCUGUGAGUAUAUUUGCAGCUCAUUAAAUGCACUGCCACUGCAGUACCUCCUUAGGAACUAAAAAACCACUUAUUUGUGAAUUAAUCUAAAGUGACUUCAAUAAGUCCUAGCUUAGAUGAUGCAUGAUCCCUGAAAUACUUGAGCGUCUAAUUGCUCAUUGCUUUCCAGCUAGAUUUUUAUUGCUUUGUUGCGGGAGUUUGCAAAACUGAUCCUUUUUUUCAAAUUUCAAACCAAUUCUGUUCUGAGAAUGUUAUUGAUUUGUAUUCACAUUUUUAAUUACAAGAUCAAUAUGAAAAUUUUACUUAUACUGUGUUCAUAUAUUUUCCAUAAUACUUUUUUCGGAUAAUUUGGUUUUCCCUCAAGACGAGAGAAGAUCGUAAAUUCUCCUAACUAACAGAACUGAAUUAGUUAUUAGCAGAAAAGGAGAAGAUAGGAGUUGAAAUUGGCCAUAAGAACUAACCAUGAACACAUGGCGCGAUGUUGAUAAUGACAUCAAACGUGACGUGACUGGCCACCAAACUUUAGAUUUGGCCAAGCGAAACAAGAUAAAGAACACAAACAAUGCUCCCGCUAGUUCGAAAAACGACAGAAGUGGGGCCAACUAACAAGAACGAAUGAAAACGAGUGAGCUUGUUAAAGAAAACCGUGCUUAAUUAGUGAUUGGUGACUAAGAUAGCGCUCACACAAAUUUAACUCAUGGCACUUAUCUACAAACUAAACUCAUUUCUUGUCGCCCGCUAUGGGUGCAAAAAUUCACCAGACACACCUUCAAACUGGUUUGUUGUCCAGCCACCUGACGAUUGAUGCUCAUUUUGCGUCACGUGUUCAUGCCUAGUUGCGCCUCUGAAAACUGUAUAUCAAGCCUUUUUGUAUUUGUUUAGAUCUAAAUUUUGCUUUGUAGCUAAAGUUUUUUUUUUUUUCGUUAAAUGAGCCAACACGAAUGCUUUUACAUUUGUGAACUCGAUAAUGACACUGGCGUACAGAGAGAUUGUUAAAAUUAGAUGUUAUAAUUGAUCAGAUGUUAAAAUUGACAGUUUUAUACCCAGGAUCUCUCUACUUUCCGUCCCAUGACGCUCUCGGGGCGGGAGGAAGAGAGAUCCUGGGAACAAGGUUGGGAAACGGUAAUGGAAGUUAUUAUAUGACUUCGUGUAAAGAGAAACAAAGUGACCAAUUAUCACCAUAGGGUCGAUUAAGUUUUAAAAGUUGUCUACAUAUACAUGGCUGCGGCGCAUCAUUGUUUGUAAUAGUCAAACCUGGCUUACCGCAAUAUGGAUGGCCGUUUAAAGAGAGUCCGUAUAUACGCCUCAUUUUAGCUAUAAAGUCUAUAACUCGCCAGGGCGGGGUUUCCCAAAAGCCGAUUAUACUAGUUGAGGAUAAUCGUUAAUCAAGGUUUCAAUCUCUCUGUAUGAAAGUUUUUUUUCCAAAGGUAAUGUUUUAGGGUUCCAGAUUAACCAUCUUCAAAACUGGAGUACGGGAUAUAAACUUUGAAAAGAUGUAUAAAAACCGAGAUGUAAACCAGGUCUAACUUAGACUUGCUGACAUUGUCGGCUCUAUAACUAAAUUUUAAAUUUUUCGUAUUCCAGAAAUGCAUGACUUUUAUAGACUGUUUUACGACGAGCGAUCAAAAGUACAAUUUGUACUAGUUUGAUUGCAAUUUUUCAGUUGUAUUGUUAGGAUUUGUUGUAUCAGUAGUGUCAGUUAAGUUUAAAUUUGAAUGCAGGUUUUCACUAGUGCAUAAACAUAAGCAAUAUUUACGGGCACAGUGAGGUAAGAUGCUGAUAGCUAUAGCGACUAUUGUUUGGAAAAUUUCCUGGCAAAAAGCGGCACUGACUAUGUCAGCCUGUUUUGUUUUUGCUUAUGCACAAGAGAAGACCAGUCUUAGGUGCCUUCAGGAGCCAAAUCGGGGAAUCUGUCCCCUAUUACGGCUCCUGGUGCCUUUUUAUAUAAUAAGUGCUGUGUAACAUUUUGCUUUUAAUUAUAAAGAAUGCCUUAUAAGAAAAGACUCUUGUUUGAUUGUCAGUGAUAUAGAUGUUAACUCUUGUUCCUAAAAGUAAACUCUAAAGAAACUGU